AUGAGUUCUUCUGAGGAUGAUGUUCCUCUCGUGCGCGCCAAUGGCCGCGCCAAUCCUACACCCCCGUCCGCCAAGUCAAACGGCCAAUCAUCAACGAACGGUGAACUCGAUCCCGGUGUGUCCGUGCGGUUUGGUGCUGUGCAGAACGAGGACGUGAAGAUGGAGGACGCGGACGAGGACGCGCACGGCGUGAGCAAGCGCAAGUCUCGGGCAAGCAUCGACCAGAAGAAGUCCUACGCGGAGCCUGACAGCAGUGACGAGGAUGAUCAACCUCUGAGCAAGCGCAGGCGAACUUCCGUCAAACACGAAGAUCCCGAGACUGACGAUGACGUUCCAUUGGCCCUCAACGGACGAAAGCUUCCUAAAGCCUCUGAGACGGCCAUCGGCGAGUCGUCCGACUCCGACAUGCCUAUUGAGAGAAAACUCUCUGCGCAAAAGAAAAAAAUCGAGGCCAAGGCCAAAGCGGAGGCCCCAGCUGCGCGCAAAGCAGCAGCUGCAAAGAAAGACACCAAGCCGGCCGCAGCCAAAAAACAAGCCAAUGGUGUCAAAAAGGAGCAAGCCGAUGACAAGUCCUCGGUCAAGAAAAUGAAAGCCGACACGGGUGCUCUGAAGAAGGGCAGAGGCAAGGUUAAGGCUGAGAGUGCGGAAGCCGAGGAUGAGGAGGAUGAAUAUCGGUGGUGGGACGACCCCGCCAAGGGUGAUGGAACCAAGAAGUGGACCACUUUGGAGCACAACGGCGUGGUCUUUCCCCCACCAUAUGAGCCUCUUCCCAAGAACGUCAAGCUGAAGUAUGACGGUGUUCCCGUUACGCUUCAUCCAGAUGCUGAAGAGGUUGCUGGGUUCUUCGGUAGCAUGCUGAACUCGACUCACAACGUGGAGAACCCUGUCUUCCAGAAAAACUUCUUCAGAGACUUCAAGGAUAUCAUCAAGAAGACCGGUGGUGCCAAGGACUCCCAAGGCAAUAAGGUCGAGAUCAAGGAAUUUACCAAGUGCGACUUCAAGACUAUCUUUGAAUUCUACGAUGCGCAACGUGAGGAGAAGCGGAACCUGCCUGCGGCUGAGAAGAAGGCCCUCAAGGCUAAGAGGGACGAAGAUGAAGCUAUUUACCAAUACUGCAUGUGGGACGGUCGCAAGCAGAAGGUGGGCAACUUCCGCGUUGAACCUCCUUCCCUCUUCCGAGGCCGUGGUGAGCACCCCAAGACCGGUCAUGUCAAGACUCGCGUGCAGCCUGAGCAAAUCACCAUCAACGUUGGCAAAGAAGCCACCGUGCCACCCCCGCCCCCAGGUCACAAUUGGAAGGAGGUCAAGCAUGACCAGGAGGGCACUUGGCUCGCCAUGUGGCAGGAAAAUAUCAACGGCAAUUACAAAUAUGUAAUGCUGGCCGCAAACUCCGAUGUCAAGGGUCAAAGUGACUUCAAGAAGUUUGAGAAGGCUCGUGAACUGAAAGAGUAUAUCGACAAGAUUCGGAAGGAUUACCAGAAGAAUCUCAAGAACGAUCUCAUGGUCGAGCGUCAGAAGGCGACAGCGGUGUAUCUCAUCGAUCAAUUUGCUCUGCGUGCUGGUAAUGAGAAGGGUGAGGAUGAGGCCGAGACUGUCGGCUGCUGCUCGUUGAAGUACGAGAAUAUCUCUCUAAAGCCACCAUGCACAGUCGUCUUCGAUUUCUUGGGUAAAGAUUCUAUCCGCUUCUACGAUGAAGUCCAAGUCGAUCCCCAGGUCUUCAAGAAUUUGAAGAUCUUUAAGAAGGCUCCCAAGAAGAACGGUGAUGAGGUGUUCGAUCGUCUGACGACAUCUGCUCUCAACAAGCAUCUGCAAAACUACAUGCCUGGCCUGACUGCCAAGGUAUUCCGUACUUACAACGCCUCCUUCACGAUGAGCAACCUGCUGCAGGGAAUGAAGGCGACGGGUACCAUUAUCGAAAAGGUCAAGGCUUAUAACGAUGCGAACCGCAAGGUUGCCAUUCUGUGUAAUCACAAGCGCACAGUCACAGCAGGGCAUGCCAAUGCUAUGGAGAAGAUGAGUGAACGGAUCAAGGGCCUUCGUUACCAAAAGUGGCGUUUGAAGAUGCAAAUGCUUAAUCUUGAGCCCAACCUCAAGAAGAAGAAGGGCGCUGCAUUCUUCGAACGGGACGAGGAUCUUGACAAGGAAUGGAUCAAGGAACACCAGGCCUUCUUGGUGGAGGAGCAAACCCAGAAGAUCAAGAAGAAGUUCGAGAAGGACAAUGAAAAGCGAGUUGCCGACGGCGAGAAGGAGAUGAAGGUCUCCGAGCUCAACGAGCGCCUGGAAGUUGUCGGGGAGAUGAAGAAGAAGUUCGAGAAGGAAAACAAAUCCGGCAAGGUCGAGGCCGAGGGCCGAGGCCCUACAGUUGAGAAACUCGAAGCCCAGAUCACCAAGCUGGACCAGCGAGUGGACACGAUGUCUGUCCAGGCCCAAGACAAGGAGGACAACAAGGAGGUUGCCCUGGGCACUUCGAAGAUUAACUACAUCGAUCCUCGCCUCACGGUUGUCUUCAGCAAGAAGUUCAAUGUGCCCAUUGAGAGGUUCUUCUCCAAGGCCCUGCGCGAAAAGUUCGAGUGGGCCAUCAAGUCUGUGGAUGAGGACUGGGAGUUCUAG